AUGGCUCCAGUCGCUGUCGAAUCCGCUCCCGUCGUCCCAGCAAACCCGCCUCAGAUUAAGCAGGCCCCCUCGGCUCACCCUCUUGAUCCGCUGAGUGCUGAUGAGGCCUUCAAGUACAUCGGUGCCGAGACCGUUCUGCCUCCAAAGCGUGAUGUGCUUGCGUACCUUGGCAUUCGGACCUCGCCAGGGUCAGAACCCGACCCCUACGUCGAGGUUUCCAGGAAAGCGGAUGUUGACAUUAUCGAUGUUAUAACUGGCCAUUCAUGGAUCAUUCACUUGAGCUUCAAAGAGUCCGAGUGGGUGGUUGAUGGUACUGAACAGCUACCAGAAGGUCAAAUGCCACAACUUUCUGUCAACGAGCUGAUCGAGGCCGAACAGAUUGUUAGGAAUGACGAGCGCGUGAAGAAACUCUGCGCAGAUGUAGGUGUAGGUCCUGAUCAAAUCUACGCAGACGGAUGGUCUUUGGGCUACGAUGAGCGAUUCUCGAAAAAAUUACGGCUCCAGCAGUGCUUGCUGUACGCACGCUUCGGAGAAGACGAGAACAUCUACGCCCACCCCCUCGAUUUCAUCCCAGUCAUCGACUCCAAUGCCAAGAAGGUUAUCCACAUUGAUUUCCCAUCCCACCCAAAAUCGGGACUCCACACAGCGUCAGCUGACUACUCGACCCAACCUCCCAAUUUGGAAGUGACUUGUGAUCGCGGCCGGAUCCCUCCUCCUAAAAUGAAGCACGAGUACCUUGCAGAUCAUUUGGAUACUGCGAAUGCGCCACGCGAGCCACUCAAGCCCCUGCAUGUGAUCCAGCCAGAGGGCGUUAGUUUCAAAAUGAGCGGAAACAUCCUCGAGUGGCAGCAAUGGAAGAUGCAUAUUGGCUUCACGGCUCGCGAGGGUGUGGUCCUUGGAACAGUAACCUACAAUGAUGCGGGUGAGGUCCGCCCAGUAUUCUACCGCAUGUCAUGCGCGGAAAUGGUGGUACCGUAUGGUUCUCCAGACCAUCCUCACCCUCGCAAGUUUGCAUUUGAUGUUGGCGAAUAUGGUAUGGGUGUCCAAGCAAAUGAACUCUCCCUCGGAUGUGAUUGCCUGGGUACUAUCCACUACUUGCCCGGUCACUUUAUUGGACACGAUGGGAACACUGUUACGAUUAAAAAUGCCAUUUGUAUCCAUGAAGAAGAUGCUGGACUAUUGUGGAAGCAUACCGAUUAUCGCCCAGGGGGACGGUCCCAAUCUGUUCGCUCUCGAAAACUCGUUAUUUCGAUGAUAUGCACCGUGGCAAAUUAUGAAUAUGCAUUCUACUGGAAUUUCUACCUCGAUGGUACUGUCGAACUCGAGACUCGCCUCACAGGAAUUUUGAAUGUCUACACUCUCGCGGAAGGAGAACAGGCAACCUUCGGAACUCAAGUCGCCCCUCGCAUCAAUGCCCAAUACCACCAACAUUUGUUCUCCAUUCGUGUCGAUCCUAUGGUAGAUGGUAUCAAUAACACGGUCAUCGAGUCGGACAUCAAACCAUACCCCUAUGCCACAGGAUCAGCUGAGAACUACGCCGGAAACGGCUUCAUUUCUGUGGAUACUCCAGUUACCGAAGCCAGCGGUCGAGAAUAUUCACACGAAACCGACCGACGUUGGCGGAUUGUCAAUCGCUCGCGUACUCACUACUCGUCUGGGUUGCCAGUCGCAUACUCGGUGGGUAUCGGAGGUGCGACUCGUGGGCUCCUCGCGCAGCCCGAAAGCUGGGUCCGCGAGCGCGCUGGUUUUGCCACAAAAUCACUGUGGGUCGUUCCUUCUGAUGAGGCAAUAUCUGGAGGCAGAAGGUGGCCAGCAGGAAGACAUGUUCCUCAGACUGAGUGGACCAAAAAUGGCGAGAGCGUAGACGACAAGGAUAUUCUGCUUUUCUUGACAGUUGGUGUAAAUCAUGUACCACGUCCUGAAGAUUGGCCAGUUAUGCCCACCGAACACCUUCGCAUUGUUUUCAAGCCUAUUGGAUUCUUCAAGGCUAACCCGGCUCUGGACGUCAAGGCCCCCGUGGACGAGCGGAGCCGAAAUGCAUUCCCUGCAGGAGAUAUCGGAACCGGUGCGGUCGUAGAACACACGAAUGGCAAUGGUUCGACACAAGCGUCCACAUCGUGCGGCUGCAGUUAA